AUGCCUGGAAGUGAGACUCUCCGGGCGCUGAGACUGCUCUCGCGUAGCUCAGGAGGACUCCUGUCGGGCUCAGAAAAGGUCACGCAACGAUGCCUUGCACGCUCAAUGGCAACUGAGGCUCAAGCCACCACCACCUCCUCCCCGGACAUCACGCGAUCAGCGCCCGCGCCAUGGGAUGCCCCCGUCACAGUCAUGACCUACCAAUUCCCUACGAUGGAACCUGCUCGUCUCGUGCAAUACUCGCCGAAACACCUGCAAAUGCCUCUGCGAAGGGACCUCCUCCACCGCGCAAUCGUAUACGAGGGUGACAUGACCCGGCAAGGAACGGCCAGCACGAAGUGGAGGGAUGACGUGCACGGUAGCCACCGGAAGCUCUAUGCGCAGAAGGGCUCCGGCCGUGCUCGUGCUGGUGACAAGCAAUCGCCAGUUCGAAGGGGUGGUGGUGUUGCUCACGGUCCUCAUCCUCGCGACUUUUCGACCGACCUGCCCAAGAAGAUCUACGACCAAGCCUGGCGCAUUGCCCUCAGCUACCGGUACCAGCGCGGUGAAUUGAUCGUCAUCGAUAAUCAAAUUUCGCUUCCUUCUGAAUCGACGCCGUUCCUGUUCGAGAACAUUCUUCACCAGAACGGAUGGGAUACCAAGAAGGGUCGGUCGACCUUCAUCACGGAGAAUGUCGACGUGGAGCUGUUUGACAAGGUGGAGAAGAUGAGCCGAUACGCGACGAUCAUGGACCGUAGCGACGUGGAUGUGAAGAACCUGCUGGAGACUCAGAGGUUGAUUAUCGAAAGAGUUGCGCUGAACCGGAUCCUGAACCACCACUCACGGGAUCUGAAGAGCCGACCUGCGAAGGCGACUUACUAA